CAUUAAACGGCGCCAAAUCUCUUUCAAACCCAGCACACAUGCAUCAUGGCCCUCAAAACAGUUGAAAUCACACUCUUGGCGUUAGCCUCUUCGUGUGUAAGUUUCCAAUUGUGUGCCCACAGGGUUGAAGUAAAGGUGAAGAAAAAGAUACGUUCACAAACAGUCCACCAUGAUUCAGAUUUUUGUCGGUUGCUGUUGAGCUGGAUUUGAUGCUUAGGUGAAGAUCAUACCAGGUGAUGAACAAUAGAAAUACAUAUUUGUUUUCUCAUUGUCUCUUUAGGACUGCAACAAUGGCAAACUGCAAAGCAUCACAAACAGCGCUGUUGUUUAUAGUGAUUGUGGCAUUCUUAAAACCCUGCGAACCCCAAAAUUGCGCAGAACAAGAUCUUGCUGCACUGCAAGACUUCAAGGCUGCAAUUACGGAGGACCCAACUGGGGCACUACAGUCUUGGGUGGGUGAAAAUUGCUGUGAAUGGAACGGCAUCCUUUGCAACGAGAGCAACGGCCGAGUCAUAAGCAUUGCCCCCGAUGCAGACCCUGGCAAUGCCUCAGUCUUCAUGAGGGGCACCAUCUCGAAGUCCAUAGGUAAGCUCUCCUUCCUCCAGAAAUUCAUUCUUUUUGGCUGGAAGCACAUAAGGGGUCGAAUUCCUUUUUCAGUUAGGAAGCUCAAAACCCUAACUCACUUUACCCUAGAUAACAAUAAGAUCUCUGGCCUGAUUCCUGCUUCGAUAGGGGGCUUAUUGCAGCUCAAGAGCCUGUCCCUGUCUAAUAACCUAAUAGCCGGCCACAUACCCAGAUCCAUCUGCAACCUCCGUAAUUUGAGAACUCUGUACCUGGAUGGCAACCGGCUGAGGGGCUUGAUCCCUCAUUGCAUUGGUGACCUGAAGGAGCUUGCUGUCUUGCAGUUGAAAAGAAACAUGAUCUCCGGUUCGAUUCCAGAUUCCAUUGGAGGGCUUGAAAACGUAAGCACAUUGGAUAUAUCACAAAAUUUUCUCACUGGUAGCGUUCCUUCAUCUGUUGGAAACCUUUCUAGACUUUCAGAGUUUGUGGUGAGUAAAAAUCUAUUGAAUGGUAGCAUUCCCUCAUCUUUAGGUUUCCUUCGCUACAGUUUAAGUAAGCUCUCUUUGGAUCGGAAUCUUUUAACUGGAGAAAUCCCCGAGUCCUUCGAGAAUUUAACGACUAUGAAUUAUCUUGACCUUUCACAUAACGGUUUGACUGGUAAUAUCCCACGAUUUUCAAAGUCCUCUAGCCUGACUUAUCUCAUUUUGUCAAACAAUUUGCUUUCUGGAAUGCUUCCACAAUUCCUUGGCUCCUUGCCCAGCCUACGAGUUGUUCAGCUGUCGUUCAAUAAUUUCACAGGCCUUAUACCAGAGUUCGAUAGGUCAGCGAAAUUUGACAGUGUUGUUUUGUCAAAUAACAAGCUUACAGGUGGUGUACCAGAUUUAUUUGCAGAGCUAGUGUAUUUGGAGCAUCUUGAUUUAUCGAACAACGAGCUCAAUGCUGGGGUCCCGCAAAACCCUGCAUUGUAUAAUCUGGUCAGUCUUAAUCUCUCUAGGAAUAGCCUGUCUGGCCCGCUCCCGAAUUUUACAAGCAUUGGGUUGAAUUCUCUGGAUUUAUCUUAUAAUAACCUGAUCUUUGGAAGUAUCCCUGUUUGGAUCACAGAUUCUAGUUUCCUGAUCAAUUUGCGACUGGCUGGUUGUGGCAUUUCUAUAAGCUUGAAUGACUGGGAGCCUGCCGCUCCUAAGCUUUACAUGUCCAUUGAUUUAUCCAACAACAGUAUUACCGGUGAUGCAGGCCGACUGUUUAAGAAUAUGACUAAGCUAAAAUCUUUGAAUUUUGCAAGGAAUCAAUUGAGUGGUAGCAUUCCUUUGUCUAUUGAAAAUCUAAAGAGUUUGGAAGACUUAGAUCUGUCCUAUAAUGAACUAAAUGGUACUAUUCCGGAAGAGAUGGCCCAAUUGAAGAAUUUGAGGCGGUUAAACUUGAGCUACAACCAUUUGUGUGGGCAGAUUCCAGAUGAGAAACCACUAAAUUCAUUUCCAGUUUCUUCUUUCGAUCACAAUGACUGUCUGUGUGGUCAUCCGCUGCCUUCUUGUCAAUCAACUGAAAGGAAGAACAUAUCAUCUAGAUACCAAAAUAUACAUCCACAUGGAUGAAAAACGACUGAAUUUAUCUAGUAGGACAUAUGGAAAGACAAAAUCCUAUAUACAGAUUUUGCUAUAAUGUUCUAUAUUAACUGCUUUCAAAUUCUUAAUUAUGUCAAAUUUAUUUCUGUAACAUAUAAUGUAACUAACUAGCUGCUUGAGAGGCAAGUUCAGCAGACUGUAAAUUAUUUAUUAAUUAUGCUUAUCGGGUUUCUCAAUCUUACUUGCUCACACUAUAGAACAAUAAAGCAUUUCCUGUUUUAGACU